AGACUUAAGCAUGCAACUUCCAAGUUUACCUAGGUACAUGUACCUACCUAUGGGCCAACUUCGGCACGACCACCCUGUCUAAGAUAACCCCACAGGGGAGCACCUACAGGGCAGGGGCCGAUUAUCUCCCCCACCGUACCCCACGUCCCCGGAUAUACUUAACCCCAAGUUGCGGGUCACGGUGCCAAUUCAACUCCGAGGUUCGACGCUCCGACUACCGAAUUCAACCGCACUGUUUCUGAUUCACAUUAUCGAAAGAUGUCUUACAAAUGGACAAAGCCACGGCAUUCUGUAUGUCACAAAUUACAAUUGUUAGAAUAGCCAAGUUUAGCCGUACCAAGCUGAUCUCCUGUAUCUGUACUUCGCUCAAGCACGAGAACGGCGAGUGUUAUGGAUAUCUUGCUAGUCAAAACGGCGCGUACUACGUAUAUAAGGAAUCACAACGUCAAAGAGAGAAACUCAAAAGUAUGACCAUAGACGAGAUCCUCCGUAGGGGGGCGGUACCAACGCCCAGCCGGCGGCAACGAUACGUUCUUUCGCUUAUCUUAGCAUCUUCUUUUGUCCAGUUACAUGAGACGCCAUGGCUUCCAGAGUCCUGGAAAAAACAGAUAUCGUUUUCAUCGCCGAUGAGAACUCCGGUGUGGGCUUCCUAGAUCAACCUUGUCUGGAACGCGAACUCAUAGCCUCCGCUCCGGCUAAGGGUAAGGAACCCCAACAAAAAUCUUCGCUGGCCAUAACUGGUAAUGAGAGAGUUGAAAAGGCAUACCGGUCUUUGGAGCUUCUGGGCAUAGUCCUCUUAGAGCUAUGCUUUGGUCAACUUCUUGAAGAACAGAAAUUUCGUCAGGCGUAUGGACUUCAUGGACUCACUGAAAUGCAAAAGUAUGCAUUUGAUGCUGCUGCUGCCCGGCAAUGGAGCAAUAAGGUGAAAGACGAGGCAGGGUCUGAUUUUAAUGAGGCAGUUAAAUGGUGUCUUUAUGGGUGCCGUAUUAUCCCGCCCGAAGAUUUGAGACGAGAAAUGUUACGACGGGUCGUCUGUCCUCUCGAAAGAUGCCACAAGUAUCUUUUCGAGAGACAGCAAGUAUAAUAGGAGAAGCAUAGCCUUCUCCAUUUCUACUAAUAACGGUACAGGAGAAAUCUACCUUUGUUCAUAUCAAAAGCCUUACUACCUAGGUACCUACCUAAGGCAUACAGAACGCUAGCCCUCCUCGAGCCAGUAAGGGGUUACGUUAAACUUUUGGGUAGUUUUAAUACAUUUAUUCGAAGAGGUCUCGCCCUAUCUAUCAGAGGACAUAUAUCACACACUAACUCUAGAAUAUGAAGUGGAAAAUGGCUCUUUUCAACCUAGGGGUAUCAUACAGAGGUUCUAACAGUGCUAUCUGAUCUUCAAGUUUUGUACAAUAUUUUUUAAUCAAA